AUGGCUAGGAAGGACCGUGAGAAGAUGGCGGAGACGCAACAAAUUAUGGCAAAUAGUAAGGUUGAAGCUGCUAGGUUGAAUGAUAAGGCAGCAGAAAAACAACUUAAGUGUAAAAUGUUGGACACUUACAGAGAGUUGCUGUUAACACCGACAACUAAUCUGAAUGCUCAUGCUUUGGCUGAGAGGGAGAAAGCACUGGAGUGUAUAUGUGGCAAGGCCUCAUGA